AUGCAGGCUAACCGGGGGCGAAUUGUUGUAAACCCAUCUUUUCAAGAGUGGGUUUACUUGGAUGAAAAAUCUCCCCAUGGUUUACAAACUCCAAUGAAAAGGCAAGUUACGUAUUGUGUAGAGGAGGAAAUUGGUCGAAAAGAAUUCGAAAUUAAAGACGAUCCGUGGAAACAACACAAUUACAAAAGUAAAGUUGACUUUGUUGGGGCGAAAUCAAAUGGAAGAUGCUGUCGAGCAGCAAUACUGAUGUCCAUAAUCAUUGGGUCAUUGAUGUCGAUCGCUGCAUUAGCGCUGGUUCUGCUGAUGUUGUUUGGGAAAGUAGGAGCAGGUUGUAGGUGUCAGUCAUCAAGUGAAGUCAGUCCCUCCGCUGUUACUCAAAGAGAUUUUUUAGCCUGGAUAGAGGAUCUCCAGAGGAACGUCACAAACCUUCAACAGAAACUGGAAAAGAAAACACAUGAGCUCAAAGUUGUUCACUUAUCGCUUCGAGAUCUUGACGGAAAAUUGCACAAUUUGACAAAGAAGCUAAACAUCACUGAAACAGCCCUCCAGGAUAAAGACAACAAAUUCCUCGUUCUUCUACAGAACACGACUUCAAAUUUUCUUCUCAAGUUAGAGAAUGUGAGUAAGAUCCCCGUUGGACCACGCGGUUUCAACGGCUCUCAAGGACCGAUUGGACCAGCGGGACCUCAGGGAUUCAAUGGAACACAGGGUUCCCAGGGUUUUAACGGAUCACAAGGGCCACAGGGACCCAAAGGAGCUGGAGACUUCUCCCAGUGUGAACAUAAGACUGAGGAUCUGGUUGGAAAUCAAUCUCCAAUCACCAGCAACAGUAUAGCAAAUCCAGUUAAAGUGAUUAAGGGUGAACCAAGGGGUAAAAAGAUUGUUGGUGUCUCAUGUUCAACAGACCUUGCGCAGCUUUAUCUGCUCUCGACCCGAACAAAUCUAUCUAAUAAUCAGUUGUUCUACUACUGUAGCUGUUAUGGCCAUCAUGGAACUGGCCUGGCUUCUAUUCAGUGCGUCAUGAAUUACUGGGAAUGUCCGCUGACCACGUGA